AUGACUUAUGCAGAUAAUGAUGGUUUGGCGAACGGUGGCUCCGGUGCAGGGCCUUUGGGCCGUGUUCUGCGGUGGAUGAAGGCCGCGCCGCUGAAGUUGUGGGAUAAAGUAGUGGAGGUCGCGACGAAGGCGAAGAAGCUUGGAAAGGAUGAUCCGAGAAGGAUUGUUCAUUCCGGCAAAGUAGGGUUGGCUCUCACCUUGGUUUGUCUGUUUUAUUACUUUCGACCGAUUCAUGAAGGCUUUGGUGUCAAUGCAAUGUGGGCGAUCCUGACCGUGGCCCUUAUCUUUGAGUACACAGUUGGAGCAACCCUAGAAAGGGGUUUAAAUAGGAUGGUGGCAACAAUAAUAGCUGGUCCUCUAGCUGUUGGAGCUCAUCACAUAACAACCCUUUGGGGAGGAGAAGUCGCGGAGCCCAUAUUGAUUGGAUUUUUCGUCUUUGUUGUAGCUGCAAUAAUGACCUUCCUGAGAUUCUUCCCUUUGUUAAAGGCAAGGCACGACUACUUCCUGGUGAUAUUCAUAUUGACCUACAGCUUGGUUUCGGUAUCCGGCUACCGCGACUAUGAAAUUCUAGAGAUGGCACAUAUAAGGAUAUCAACGGUUGCCGUAGGAGGCUGUACUUCUAUUAUGAUCUGUAUAUUCAUUUGUCCUGUGUGGAUUGGAGUUGAUCUUCACAAUUUGGUUGUGAGUAACAUAGACAAGCUUGGGAAUUCUAUGGAAGCUGUAUACGUUAUAUAUGAUUACGACAAUCGACUAAGCACUACGUAA